GCGGAGAUACUAACUUUCUCUGUGGAAGUUGCUCUGGGGAGCGAGGAGGAGGAUAAAGUGAAGUUUGAUGGAGAAGAGCAACUCCUCUGCGUCUUUCCCCGACGUCCGAUCCGCUGAGCCAUCACUUUGAGAAGACUGGAAAGUUGUUGGAAGUGGGAAGGGCUGAGAGGCCCGCAGGCUUUCUUCCCAGGUGGAGAUCCUCCGCCGUCCGUGGGGUAUCCCGCUCCGCGUGCAUGUGUGCGCCGGCGGCGGCGCGGGGUGCGUGCUUCUGCGCUGGGAGUCUGAGUGCGCACCCGAGUGAAUGGCCCCCAGGAGCGCAGCGGGGCCUCAGCCUCCCCCGUCUCCGCAGGCCUGGAUCUGCCCUGGGAAGAUGCUAGCCAUGGGAGCGUUGGCAGGCUUCUGGGUCCUCAGCCUCCUCACCUAUGGCUACCUGUCGUGGGGCCAUGGUUUAGAGGAAGAGGAGGAAGGGGCCUUAGGAGCUCCAGCUGCGGAGAGACAAGAGCCUAGCGCAACAGCAGCCGCCACCUCCCAGCCCCAUCUCAUUUUCAUCCUUGCGGAUGACCAGGGAUUUAGAGAUGUGGGCUACCACGGAUCUGAGAUAAAGACGCCCACUCUUGACAAGCUCGCUGCUGAAGGAGUUAAACUGGAGAACUACUAUGUCCAGCCGAUUUGCACACCAUCCAGGAGUCAGUUUAUUACUGGAAAGUAUCAGAUACACACGGGACUUCAACAUUCUAUCAUAAGACCUACCCAACCCAACUGUUUACCUCUGGACAACGCAACCCUACCUCAGAAGCUGAAGGAGGUUGGAUAUUCCACACAUAUGGUUGGGAAAUGGCACUUGGGUUUUUAUAGAAAAGAAUGCAUGCCCACUAAGAGAGGAUUUGAUACCUUCUUUGGUUCCCUCUUGGGAAGUGGUGACUACUAUACACACUACAAAUGUGACAGUCCUGGGAUGUGUGGCUAUGACUUGUAUGAAAAUGACAGUGCUGCCUGGGACCACGAUAAUGGUAUAUACUCCACACAGAUGUACACUCAGAGAGUACAGCAAAUUUUAGCUUCCCAUAACCCCACAAAGCCUAUCUUUUUAUAUAUUGCCUACCAAGCCGUUCACUCACCAUUGCAAGCACCAGGCAGGUAUUUUGAACACUACCGAUCCAUUAUUAACAUAAACAGGCGGAGGUAUGCUGCCAUGCUUUCCUGCUUGGAUGAAGCAGUCAGCAACGUGACCCUGGCCCUGAAGACCUAUGGUUUCUAUAACAACAGCAUUCUCAUUUACUCUUCAGAUAAUGGUGGCCAACCCACGGCAGGAGGAAGUAACUGGCCUCUCAGAGGAAGCAAAGGAACAUACUGGGAAGGGGGGAUUCGGGCUGUUGGCUUUGUGCAUAGUCCACUUCUGAAAAACAAGGGAACAGUAUGCAAGGAGCUUGUGCACAUCACUGACUGGUACCCCACUCUGAUUUCCCUGGCUGAGGGACAGAUUGAUGAGGACAUACAACUGGAUGGCUAUGAUAUCUGGGAGACCAUAAGUGAAGGCCUUCGCUCACCCCGAGUGGAUAUUUUGCACAACAUUGACCCCAUUUACACCAAGGCCAAAAAUGGCUCCUGGGCAGCAGGCUAUGGGAUCUGGAACACUGCAAUACAGUCAGCCAUCAGGGUGCAGCACUGGAAACUGCUAACGGGAAAUCCUGGCUACAGUGACUGGGUUCCUCCUCAAUCUUUCAGCAACCUGGGGCCAAACCGGUGGCACAAUGAACGGAUCACGUUGUCAACUGGCAAAAGCAUAUGGCUUUUCAACAUCACAGCUGACCCCUAUGAGAGAGUGGACCUAUCUAGCAGGUAUCCUGGAAUUGUCAAGCAACUCCUCCGGAGGCUCUCACAGUUCAACAAAACAGCUGUGCCUGUCAGGUACCCACCCAAAGACCCCAGAAGUAACCCUCGGCUCAAUGGAGGAGUCUGGGGACCAUGGUAUAAAGAGGAAAACAAGAAAAAAAAGCCAGGCCGUAAUAAAGGCACGAAAAAGCAAAAGAAAAGCAAGGCAAAGAAGAAGAAACAGCAGAAAGCAGGUGCAUCUCUGAAUUGCCAUUCAGCUGUUACUCAUGGAUGACACAUUGUUCCUGUUUGGUCCAGUAAGUUCUUAGACUUUCAGCUGUAUCCCAGGUCAAGCAAGGUUCGCCAGCAAGGUUGGCUCCAUAAUAGCACCGCCAUAAGCGUCGGGCUUGUUUUCAUGUUGUGCCACCUGACCACCACAUGGUGACCUGCUCUGCCCCGUGCCAAAGGUGCUACUCCUGCAAGUCACACUUAAAGCAGAAUGGAGAUGCUCAUUUCUUCUGUUCUCCUAUUAAAAGUGGUCAGUCAUGAUGAGUUCAACUGCUGUGUGUCAGCCAAUUGACCCAACACUAUGCUUUAAAUUAUGAAAGGGGACUAUAACUUGCAAUCGAUGCAUACUAAUGGGAUGGAAAUUACAGGGUAGCACAAUUAUAAAAACUAUCUUUGAUAAGGUGCAGUCAAUGAUUGUGUCACCACAAAGAACUUGAAAAACUUAUUAAUAGAUUCCUGUAUCUAUCAUCUGUAUGACACUUGGGCUUUCUAUUCAAUUCUCUUUCUUUAUCAUUUCCUUUCCCGUGAAAAUAAGAUGGUUUUUUCACAUGUGAACAGCUUGUGCCUCAUUUUAUCAUGCAAAAGAGAGUGGCAAAUAUGAAUGUCUGAGCAUACAACCAAAAAUGAAUGUAACUGUUUUCUAAACACUUUAAUAGAAUAACACUUCAUUGUAAAGUCCCUAAUUUAUUUUUACAGAAAAAAUAUUUUGUUUUCAUUAGAAGUUAUGCAAAUAACUUUUAAAUUAUUUAAUUUUACUCUCUACACAUCUGUAGAAGAAUUUUAUUCCAUGUCUUGAAAGAUUACUAAGCACUGUAAUACUAUAAAUGACUGUAAUACCAUGUGAAUUCAUAGACUAUAAAAGGAACAUUAUUCAGAGAAAGAAUUAUAAUCAUUGUUCAACCAUUAUUUUGAAUGUAAUAAGGUGAAUACAUUCCUUAAGCAUUACAUAGAAAUUCAGUUUUUGCAGAGUUGAGACAACUUUAUUGUUUCUAUCAUAAACUACUUAUGUAUCUUAAUUAUUAAAAUGAUUUAUUAUAUGGAACUAGCAAAUUUAGUGUGACUUUUCUGAUCUGUCAUCUAGUGAAAAUUAUAUUUCAUCAUAACAAACAAAAAUUUUUACAUCUGGGCAGCUGAAGGUAUGGUUUCCUAACAACCAUAGUCAUAUAAUAUGGAUUUUACAAAUAAAUUUGUUUUCACCUAGCUACUACAUGGAAAAAAAAUGCGCAUUGAUUAAUAAAUAACAUUUAUAAUAGCCUGCUUUUAUACAAAGUGGGUACUGAGGGACAACAGAGAAACUGAAGGUAUUGAUCCUGCCUGGCAUAAAAAUCUAGUUUGGGGUGUGGACAUUUUGUGUAAUAAGAUUAAGAUGUCACUGGGGACACCCACAUCCCUUGCUAUGUCAGAGUGCCUGAUUUGAAUCCUGGCUUUAUUUCCAAUUCCAGUUUCAUGCUAAUGCAUACCAUAGAAGGCAACAGGCAAUGACUCAAGUGCUUGAAUCCAUGCCACUCACAUCGAAGACCAGGAUUGAAUUCCUGGUUACCAGCUUCUGCCUGGCCCAGGCUCAGCAAUUGUAGACAUUUGGGGAGUGAACCUGUGCAGCACAUGGGAGAUCUCUCUGUCACUCUGACUUUCAAAUAAAAAUUAUAAAUAAACCUUUUUCUUAAAUCUAGUUUGUAACUCACAUAUACAAUCAUCAUGAGGAAUAUACAAGGAGUGUUAUCUAUAAUGAAGUUAUCAUGGGUCAUCCAUGAGAAUAGAUUGAUGAGGUUCCUAUAGGCCUUCGCAUCUUGUUGAAACAUCUUCUAAUGCAAAUAACCUCUAAGCCUCAUUGUUUAUACUUGAAAAGUCAUAGAUAGCCAGAGCUAUGAUCUGUGGAGUGACAACUAUGAUAAGGAAAUGUGCAUGAUGAUAUAAGCAGCAUACCAUUAAACUUGUGUAUAUUAGAAUUCAAAGAACUGCCCCUCAGGGUUUCUAGAAAUUUGUAAAAGAAUCUGUAAACUAGUACUGAAAUUAACUAAAAUAUGCAAAUAAUUAAAGUUUUUAGUAUUUCUAGGAUAUAGAGUGUAUAUAUAAUAUGUAGUACAGUAUAUAUAUGUCAAUAUAUAAUAAGCUAUGUAUUAUAGUUAAAUAUAUUCACUAUAUUAUAAUCAUAUUACAUAGUAUGCAAUUAUAUAUUAUAUAUACUACAGUAUAUAUAGAGUAAUAUUUACUAGAGUUUCUGUUUUGCCCACUAUAUUUUUUAAAAGAGUCUUAAAAAUUAGAAGAAUAUUUCAGUGUUUUCCUAUCUUGAUGAAACAAAGUUAUAAAUAAUUACAUGACUUACAUUAGAUGGUAACAUAAUUGUGAAAAAAUCUGAUGAUUUGUACACUACAAAAUAAUUUUGGAAGAAAAAUAAGUUUGAGAAAUGCCCGGUUAACGUUAAAGGAGUCACUUUAUUUAAUCCUUAUUGGUAUUGUAACUAUCUGAUAGAAAAGUUUUAUAAUAUUUUCCUAUUUAUUUCACCAUAAAACAUUGUAGUGCAUUGAACAGGAGUAGGAUUCUGUGGAAUAGAUUUUGAAAAUUGCUGGUAUAAACAUAAAAUCUUCCAGAAAUUCCUAACAAAACUGAAAAGAUAGGGAAAUAGACAAAUUGGAAUUAUGAAAAUUAAUUCACAAUGAAUCCCAGUUGGUUUUACCUGUUAUCAUGUCAUGUUAAGUUCUCCAUAUAUGACCACAACUUUCUCAAUGAAAAAGUUUUCUACCUGGAAAUGGUUUCACAAAUGUUGAUUAUUUAAAAGAGAAUUUCUUCCACCUGCAAGUGGUUCUGGGUAGGGAGUUAUUUAAGAGCAGCUUCAGUGCCUUGCCCUUAAACUAAAAUCCAGUAUCAAAGUCUUAUAUGAAUAAUAAACAAAAUUCCAAAAUGCUCUCACUAAGUCAUUGGGUAUUUGUAAAUGUCCAGAAAGGAAAACACUGUGCACUUGACUUUCAUGCCCUACUCCCAGAAAUUUUGUUAAUAGUGGACCUUUAUACUUAGGUGUCCAUCUCUUGAACUGUGAUCCUCUGAUGCAUUUCUAGGUUCUCUGUGGCUCUUUGAAGUAUAAACUCCACCUACAAUAGUUCUAAAAUAGAACUCUGAACCUUCUAUUGUCAGAAAACAAUUUGUGGAACUGUCUGUGUCUGGGAUGAGAAAGGACAGAAAAAUAUUUUCUUCAAAUGAAAACAAAGAACACAGCAUUUGUGGCCCCUCACCUACUCCAGAUUUGUCAAGAUUUUCUAAACAAUUUCUUACUCUUUCUUACUCUUUUCUUACUUUUCUAAUAAUUAAGUGAAUUUCAGUGAAUAAUGCAGUUUCUUGGCCAACCCCCUUUAAAAAUCUUUAAGGAUAGAAAGGAAACUGUCAUUCACAGUUGAAUAAUUAUAGAGUUAAUACAUUUUUACAUUGAAAUUUUUCCAAGGUACAUGAAUUUGGCAUCAAGAUUACCUUCUUAAGCACUUUAGUCAUGGCAUUCUUGAACACACAAAUUGUGAAUUCAUCAGUAGCAACAGAAGGUGUGUUGGUAGGAAAAACCUGCUUUGCCCAAAGCAGCAAAAUUAAAGUGUCAUAAGCUAAUAGCUACAUUGUUUCCUCUUAAGGAAAUUAGUUAAUAUAAUUCAUUCAUUCAUUCCACAAAUAUUUAGUAAAUGUUAUUGUCAAAGUUCUAGCUCCUUGAGAUCCAUCAGGAAACAAAAUCGAUAAAUAUUCUUACUCUUGUGCAGGUUUCCUUCUAGAUGAGUGAGGCAGAUAGAAAAUAAUAUACAUACUAUGCAAAGUGUUUAAAACAAAACAUAACUAAGGAUAAAAGGAUGAUUCAUUCAAUACUGUGUUUAUCCAUCCACUCAUUCAGCAUUUGGUAAAUGCCAAAUGUCUUGUAUACACUGGGGUGUGAAGACAAGCAAGAUCAGACAGGGUCCUUGCCUUCAAAGGGAAGACAGGACAGCAGCCAUGGAGCCAAUAACCGAACACCUCUCCCUUCCCACCAUUCCUUCGAUUCCCUUCUUGAUCUUUUUCCGUAGUACUUAACACUGUUUAUGAUAUUUCAAAUUUUACUUACUGCAUGCCUCCUCUCACAAGAGAGCACAGGUUUAAGAAAAAUGAUUUAGGGGACUGAUGGUUGACAUAGUGGUUAAGAUGCCAACAAAGAUACCUACUUCCUGUAUUAGAAUACCUGGGUUCUGUUCCUGGUUCCAUCUCCCAAUUCCAGCUUCCUAUUAAUGCAGAGGCUAGGAGGAACAGGGAUGGCUCAAAUAGUUGAAUUCCUGGCACCCAAAUGGGAGACCUAUGCAUUCCCAACUCUUGCUUUCAACCCAGCUCCUAUUGUUUUGGGUACUUGGGAAGUAAACAAGCAAGUGGUGUGGCCUGCCCUGUCCUCCCCAUCCCACCCCUGCCUUGGAAAUAAAUAUGCAAAUAAAUAUUUUUUAAAAAAAGAAAAGUAAUUUAUGUAUUGCCUACAACUGUAUUGCCAGUGUAUAAAACAAUGCCUGUCCCAUGGCUGGCACUGAAUAUUUCUUUAAAUGAAAGGAUAAAAUCACAUAUAUCCAUAUUUUCAGCUCCAUUUUCUUGAGUUUCUGCUUUCUACUUCUUGUAUAGAGAUAUUACUGUUGAAAAAUGGAACAAAUUAUCCCUAAUAGUUUUCCACCUAAUAACAGCAAGAAUGUGAAUUGCAGAAAUUUCAAACAUUAUAAAAAACUAGCUCUAAUAAUGUAUAGUUACAAGAACAGAGUGUUACAGCUAACGCCAAGAAACAAUCACAAAAAUGAGAUCAAAUUUUAUCUAUAUCAUCUUUAUUACCUAAUGGUAGAACAUGAUUAUUCUAAUGAAUACAUUAGCUUAAAUGAGGGUUUCCAGACAGGCAAAUAAUUUUUGUGGAUAAUUUCUGGUACCAAGUCAUGAGAGCAUCGCAAGUAACAAAUAAGCCUCUACGUCUUCAUAGAAUUGUGAAGUAAAAUGUACUAUGCUUCACAGAUUUGAGUAUUUCAUGAUAAAACUCUCCAGUUUGGCAGACCAGGAUUCUUCUUUUCCAAAGUUAUAUUUUUCUCUAGUAUUUUGUUAGUUUUAGCUCUGUAUGAAGUUGACUGAUUCAUUGUUAUGGCAUAAUUUUUUUUUCAUUUUACCUGAAAGGCAGAGAGAUCCAGAAACAGAUCUUUCUGCCAUUUUCAUGACACAUAUUAAUACCUAUAUAAAGAAGGCCCUAAUAACAAAUUUACUUCAGCCUUGAGAAUUAUGAAUCAGAUUAUGAAUCUGGAAUUUUUUCAGCAGACCUUCCAUAUCCUAAACAGCUAGUACAGAGGUUAAAGGACAGGCUUACCUUUGUCACCUGAACAUUUGCUGGAAUAAGCAGCAAUAUAGAGAUUAAAGAGGAAACAGAAACAGGAAUUUAUUGUGUGAAUGGAAGAAGCAGUCAAGCAUUGUGGCUACCCAUGAGCCCAACAUGACUGGGAAGACUGGGUACCACUUUUCUAUGAAGAAGGAGGAAAAUUUCAAUUUUGUGGGAAAUUAUUACUGAUUUCUAGGGGAAUUCAUUGGGUUUAGGGAAGCAUGCAAUGACCUUAGGCAAAGUCCAAUUAAUCUGCAGAGUAAAUUGUGAAUAAUUUUUUUCUGGAAUAUUGAAUGAGCAAAAUAGAAGACAACAGUGUGUGACAAAUCCAGCCAAGUGUGUUGACAGACUAUAGUCUUUCUUCUUGCAGUGUUAGUAUAUGAAAGCUCAGAGAAGGGACUAAAGAUCAUUGUUUCCUUCCUUGGAGGUCCAACUUUAAGCAGACAAGGAGAUACCAAAGUAGCCCCUUUCAACAUCUGCUGCUAUCUAAGCUCCUUUAAUUUAAAGUAACCAGCAUCCCAAGACACCAUGUUUGAGAGUGAAAGUCCUUGGACAUCUUCACAAGGUUACCAAGAAACAAAACCCUUGAUUUCACAUAUUAUCUAAACCUACAUCUUUUUUUUAAUUUCACCAUCAUCAAACUUCUAGAAGGUCCCUUUCAAAAAAAAAAUCAUAACAUAACUCUUCAGCCAGAGAGUAGACCUCUUCUGACCCUAAUGCAAUUUCUACUAAAAUUGAUUGGAGUAAUCCCCUAUAGCACCUAUGAGGUAAGAAAUUACAAGCAUUUAAAGUCUGACUUUAAUUUUUACCAUGCAUUCAAACUUAACAGCAACAAUAGUGUUUUAAGUAAACUCUUUUUCUCAUCAAGUUUUACGCAAAGCUGUAAAAGUUAAAUUAGCAUUUAGAAAUUAAGGUCACAGCUGCCAGGAUAUCCUAUGUUCUAUCAGCAGGGAGCAGCAAAUGGAGUUGUAAUGGGGACUGUGUGAGGGAGAUGGAUGGGAAGAUUUCUUCCUUCUGCCUUCCUUUGGUCCCUUUCUCUGCUUUUCCUAGCUUCUGGUUGUUCUCAGGCUCUUUCUGUCCUCACAUGCAUCCAUGGCUCCACAUUUUACUUUUUUAAGCAGAUUUAUUUGUUUAUUUAAUUUGAAAGAAUAAUGGGGGUGGGCGGAGCAGAUCAUGAGUGAGAGAUCUUCCAUCCACUGCUUCACUUCCCAAAUUCCUGCAACAACCAGGGCUAGGCCAGGCCAAAUCCAGGUGUCAGGAACUUCAUCUGGGCCUCCCACAUGUGCAGCAGAGGCCCAAGCACAUGGAUUGUCAUGCACUGCCUUUCAAAGGCUCAAAAAGCUGGACUGGAAGUGGAGCAGCUGAUACUGGAACCAGCACUCUAACAUGGGAUGCCAAUAUCUCAAGAAGUGGCUUAACCUUCUGCACCACAAUGCAAGCCCCUGCAUUUUACUUCUUUGGCACUUUGUCUAUCCCCAAGUCCCACACCCACUCCUGCCAUAGAACUGGGAAUGUAGAUACCUGUGGCCAACAAUGUUACCAACAGUUGAAUCCCCUGUCCUGCAGUUUCACAGUAUAAAGGGACAAAUGUGUUGGGUUACUACCAUCCCUUGGCAGCAUGAAAAUUGAGCACUAUCGCUAAACGUUCAAGUUACUGAGAACAGGGGAGUGGGGAGUUAUGGUUCAGAGGGAGCAAAAGUGUUUGCAAAUCAGCAAGUUAGCUCUGUCUCCCAUCAGUUCCAAGCACUUUUAGCUACUUCUAUGCCCAAAGCCUGCUUCAGCUUUGGGAACUGAUUAAUGCUUUUUCUACCUGUCUAAAGGAGAGAGCAAUGUGCAAAGUAAUUUCUGCUGUUUGAGGCCAACACAAAAGCCAUCUUUCACAAUUCCUGGACCCUUUUUUCUUUUGCCUGGAAGAGAGAGCCAAACUCAAAAGCACCACUUGGGCUACUUGUCCCACCCUACCAUCCAGUCUUCUUCCUGCAGGUAUUUUCCAGUCUUCUCACUGUGCCUCCUUCUCAUCCUGUCGACUUUCUCCAAAUCCUGUUAUUCAGCCUGUGGGGUGCUCCCUUGUCCCUUUCAGAAAUUGAUAUUUCAAAUAGGAUGCCAUCCUUGUCAGCAAAAUAGAGAUACUUUUACUUAUAUUUAUUCAUUGUUACACUGAAAGCAACUAUGAAGUUUCUGGCACAGAUCAGUGUCAUUAUUACUACUUGGAGCAAUAACUGCAUCAGUUUCCUGUAGGUGAUAGAAUGACAGCCUUGUGUUUAGGACUUCAGAUACAGGGAUUGUGUCAUAGGAGAGGAACCCUGAAAUUAUGAAUAUGGGGCUUUAUAUAAGAAUAGGACAGCAGCCCUUCCUGAGACAUAAGAGAGACACCUUCUCUCCCUAGUGUUUUACUAUCCUUUGAAAAGGAUUCUGGAGAAGGUAAAAGGGGAGGGUUUCCAUACCCCCAAAUGCAAGCAUUUAGCUCUUGGAGAAAUAAAUUUUAUGGUCCUUUGAAGCAGAGCAGAUGGUUCCAGAUCUCUCUAACACCUUUUAACGUCCAAGGUGUGUCUUUUAACCCAGGUGCCAGUAACUCUUGGUCAGAAAACUAAUUAUGCAGAAAAAAAGGAAAACAUCCACUUACUGAUACAGACCAGUAGUUGUCUUUCGAUUGGAGGAUGAAGCAGAGAUUGACAGCAGAAGGUAUUAGGGAAGCUUCUGGGGUGAAGGAAGUAUUUUAAAACUGAAUUACAGUAAUGCAGUAAAAAACCACUAAACUAUACACUUUGAAAGGCCAAAUCCUGGGCUGGUAUUGUGGCUCCGCAGGUAAAGUUACCACCUGUGAAGCCAGCAUUCCAUAGGGGUGCCUUUUCCCAUCCCAGAUGUUCCACUCCCAAUCCAGCUCCUUGCUUGUGACCUAGGGAAAUCAGCAGAAGAUGGCCAAGUGCUUGGAUCCAUGCCACCUACAUGGGAGACUCAGAUGAAGCUCCUGGCUUCGGGCUGACCCAGACUUGGAUGAUGCGGCCACUUGGGGAGUAAACCAACUGUCGGAAGACUGACCUCUCUGUAUCUUCCUUUCUCUCUAUAACUGACUUUCAAAUAAAUAUAUUUUUUUAAGAAAAAAAAAGGGUAAAUCAUAUAGCAGGUAAAUUUCCUCAAUAAAACUGUUAAAUGCAAGGCACCAAUUGGAGUGAAAAUUUACAAUAAUUAUAACAAUAAAAUAUCAGCCCCCAGAUAGAUUGUAAGUUCCUACAAAUCAGUAAGAGAACAUAUUAGGCACUUCAGAAAAGAUGAUAUACAAAUAGGCUAUAUAUAUAUAUAUAUAUAUAAUUUGCUCUAAAUCAUUAGACAUUAGAGAAAUUAAUAUAGCAAAUUAAAAUCAUCAUGCUAAAAGCACUACACAACUAUCAGGCCGAAAUGAAAAUGGCAGUACCAAGGCUUGGUAACUAUGUGGAACAACUCAGUGAAAGAUUCAGUGAGAGUGUAAAUUAAUACAACUGUAUUAGAAAACUUCGGGAUUACAUUCAUGAAAGUUGAACAUAUAUACUCCUAUGACCCAUAAAUUCACUCCUACAUACAUAUCCAAUAGAAAUGUACCAAAAGUCACAUAAAGGUUUAAAUCACAGCAGCAUUUUUCAUAGUGCCUCAACACUAGAAAAAAAUACCAAAUAUUCAUCAACAAAAGAAUGAGUAAAUAGUGGUAUCCUCAUUUAAUGGAAUGUUACUCCAUUUGUCACUGGCUAAUAUCCCUAGCAGCUCAAAGUUUCUAUUGUGGCUCACUUCUGAUCAAGACCCUAAAGCUUCCAAUGCACCUAGUGUCCUCCAAAGUUGUUUAAAGUUUUCAUUUAAAUUCUAGGGAGAGAUGCAAUCCCAGCCACCCUCAACUAUUGCGGACCCUACACAGGAGCAACAGCACCAUACAUGGGUGAAAGAGUAAAGGUCACCUUUUGCUUCAUUUUAAUUCUAAGAUUUCUGCCCCCAGGGGGAGCUUAAGACACAGGUGAAUUUGUGCCACCCACUCUAUGCUACGACAAGAAGAGUACUUCUUGCAUAUUCAUUUACCCCAUUUUAGGAGGAAAAAGAUACUUGCUUCCCCUAGCUCAGAAACCAUAGCUGCAGAAAGGAUUCCUCCAUGGUCUGCUUAUUGGCUGCAAAUAAGGUUUGCUUUGUGUGACAAUUCCUUCCUUCCGGUGUGUUUCUUAAUGGAACUCACCAGGAAGUAGGUCCACAAUUCUGAGUGGGGAACAUAUUCAGGGAGUUAUGAGUAAAGGAAUUACUGGGAGGGGACACAAGUGGUAUUUCUGGGCUUUUGUUACUAUUUUUAUCUGUGUGCAGUUUAUGGGGAUCUGUUCACUUUCUAAAAAUUUGUUGAACUAUACAUUUAUGGUUUGUGUAUUUUUCUGUAUUUUUGUUAUAGUUCUCACCUACCCCAUUGCUACCAGAGUCUAUAUUUACAGUAGGCAUGUGUCCCAUGUUCUUAUCGUAGGAUAUAACAUUUCCACUCCCAGGUAUUUACUGAAAUCCAGGGAUAAAACUAAGACAUAUGCAGUAGAUUGUCUUGCAUACUGCGAUAUUCCGUUAACAUGAAACACAGAAGUAAAAAGGCUGAUUUACUCACUUGGCAUUUUCAUCUCUUUUUUUUUUCUGUAUUAAUGUGAAAAUAAAAUGAAACUCAUGAUGAAAGCAACAUUAUAAGUGGAGUUGGGGGGCCAUUAAGGAAACAGGAUUUAUGCAAUUGUCAAUAUGCUGCCUAGGAAUAUGGACUUCAGUCACCUCUACUCUCUUUUUUUUUAGAUUUUAGAAGUUUUUAUUUUUUUUUAACUUUUAUUUAGUAAAUAUAUGUUUCCAAAGUACAGUUUAUGGAUUACAAUGGCUUCCUCCCCCCAUAAUUUCCCUCCCACUCGCACCCUUCCCAUCUCCCGCUCCUUCUCCCAUUCCAUUCACAUCAAGAUUCAUUUUCAAUUAUUUUUAUAUACAGAAGAUCGAUUUAGUAUAUAUUUAAGAUUUCAUCAGUUUGCACCCACACAGAAAAAUAAGUGUAAAAUACUGUUUCAGUACUAGUUAUAGCAUUACUUCACAUUGGACAACACAUUAAGGACUCUGUGUAGGCCUCUGGAAUCACCAGAGUGUCCAGAUAAUUACAUUAUGUUCAGAGACUCAAGAUGAAUCUUAAUAGGUUAUGGGACUCUUGUUUUAGGGACAUGUUUGCUUUUUACUGAAUAUAUACACUCUUUUACCUUCUGACAAUCAUUUAUCCCUGUUUUUUGUUUGUUUGUUUUUUGGUCAACAUUCAAUGUAUGUUUCCUACAAAGGAAUUUUUACCACUUUGUAAUAAAUCAGCAUUGCUUGACCACAUAAGCUCCAAUUUUCUUUGAAACACUGAUGCAGAGAUAUCUGUACCUGUGUCUCCCAAAUUGCAAUUCCUAAGACCCCAAAUACAACUCUUUAAAACAAAAGAUUCAUUUAUAUAUUUAUUUGAAAGGCAGAGUGACAGAGAGGGGAGACAUAGAUGAGAGAGAGCAAGUGUGCUUCCAUCUGUUGUUUCAUUCCACAAAUGCCCACAAUAGCCAUAACUGGGCCAGGCUAAAGCCAGGAGCCAGGACUACCACAUGGGUGGCAGGGGCCCAUUCAGUUUAAAUAUCAUCUGCUUCUUCCCAGGAUGCAUUAGCAGGAAGCUAGAUCAGAGGCAGAGCAGCCAGGAGUUGAACCAGGCCUCCAAAAUGGGAUGCAGGCAUCUCAAGCAGUAGCUUAACCCACUGCACCACAACACUCACUUGAGUUUUUUUACUUUUAUAGUUUCUUAGCUUAUAUCGUUUGACAUUACCCAGGACACAGAAGUUAGUGGAACCUGAACAUCCAUCCCCAUUACAGGUUAUAGAUGAUGACUGCAGGUUUGUUUCAACUGGUUGAGGCUGAAUAGAAUUAAUUUUACAAUUAAUUUGAAAUCUACUUCCUUUAAAAUUGAAUCAUGAAACAGAAGUAAUGUGAAUAAUCAUAUUGAAUGCUAAGUGCAAUAAAUUCUGUAUAUUCAUUUAAUUCACAGUUGAGUCAUGUCCAAUAAUCACAGUCCAGGCUCAGUGUCUAUAUGAAUUACUAAUGUAUAUAAUUUAAAAUUGGAAGUCAUGGGUCCAGCAUGCAUGACUUUCUGAUUGUAUGAGACUUGAGAAAACUCUAAUUCUUCUGAAUCCCUCUCUAUUGUUCUUACCUUUUCAGUGACUGUCCUUGCAUUUCUCUGCAUUGCCUCAUUCCAGUGUACCACACUUUGUUCCACUUACUCCUGUCACCCCACUCCCCACUCCUUUCUUUUACUAUUCUUAUUUUUCCAUUCCCCUACUUAAGUAACUACAAUUUAUUUAAUAUCUUUAAAAACUAACCCAAACUUGUUCCUUCUGUUAAAAUUUAACACAUUAGAUUUGUGCCUCUAUCUUUUAAAAAAUCUUUGCGUAAACUUUUAUUCUGGGAUGUAUUUUUCCAAAUAUCUCUACUCUAACCUAAUGUAAAAGUAAAAAAACACUAUCAUUCAGAAAUGAAUAUUUUACCAAAGAGAAAUUACUAUAAACUUGAAAGACAGUGAUCAUAGUCAGAUAGUGAUCAGAUUUCAACAACAGAUGAUUGUGUCCACAAUUACCAGAAAGAUUAAUAAUUACCUUUGGGUAAAUAUUCAUGUUAAAUUUUGAUGAUAUAAAUUAUUUCCAGAGUUAAUUGUAGUUGUUUAAAGCUAUUUGUGACUAUAUCUAAAAACUUUGUCUUGUUAUAUUUCCUAAUGGAAAAAAAAUGUUGACAAGACAUUAAUUUUUCUGAGGGCCUGCGCCUUGGUUCACUUGGUUAAUCCUCCGCCUGCGGCGCUGGGAUCCCCUAUGGGAGCUGGAUUCUAUUCCUGGCUGCUCCUCUUCCACUCUAGCUCUCUGCUGUGGCCCGGGAAGGCAGUGGAGGAUGGCCCAAGUGCUUGGGCGCCUGCACCCGCAUGGGAGACCAGGAGGAAGCUCCUGGCUCCUGGCUUCAGAUCAGCACAGUGCGCCGGCCUUAGCGGCCAUUUGGGGGGUGAACCAAUGGAAAAAGACCUUUCUCUCUGUCUGUCUCUCUCACUGUCUAACUCUGCCUGUCAAAUAAAUAAAAAAAUUUUAAAAAGAGCCAAAAAAAGAUAAAAAAAGACAUUAAUUUUAUAAGAAUUCAUGUUAUUACCCUAUAUGUUCUAACAAUAAAUAAUAUUAUGCUUUGUGGAUUGUGAAUCGUUAAUCUUUAUGAACAUUAUUUUCUAUUUGCUUCAAUUGUGCCUAUUUUGAUGCACAUCAUCAGUUUUGUAAGUAAAAUUUAAAUUUAAUGUAAACACUUGUGAGUAAAAAGAUGUUAUUUUCAAUUAACUUCAUCAAUGUUUGAAAGUGAGUAGUUUAUUAAAUUAUAUUCUACCAAGUUUAAGACAUUGAUGGACUUGUCACAGUACCUACUUUAUAUUGUAUUGUUAAAGAAUUUUUGUCAGAUAAUUUUGAAUUAUUAUUAAGUAAAUUGAAUAAUAAAUUUGAAAAACUAGGAGCUAUUUUAUGAGUUACCUAAAUUCAUCUCUAAAUUUCACCUAAUUGUUCCUAUUUUAAAAAGUGAUCAUUUCAAUAAACUUGAGGUUAUUAAUAUAUUAUUUUUCAUUUUGUCCCUGUAAACACCAAUUGAACAUUUUUCAACCAUGAAUUAUUCUGAAUUUUUAAUAAUUCAUAAAAGCCUUAUUUUCAAUGUCCUAGUUUCCUUAUUAUUAGUAGUAAUUUAAAACCUGAUUUAUUUGCCUUUAAAGCCUCUUUCUCUCUUGACAUUUAUCCCUUUAUAAAUAGCCAGUUAGUGAGCUGAGGCAUUUCAUUAGCUGAUUUGGAUGCUGUAUAUGCUCAUGGAAUACUGCCAAACAGAUCCAUGAAAAUUUUCCCUGUGGUUGUUUGCCCUUUCUCUUACAUUAAAAGUAUUGUGCAUAUUAUUUCCUUGCAAGAUACACUUUUCUGACAUCUGACUUCUAAAGUUCACUAUCUCAAUAUUGUGGAGUAAAAAACCAUGAACAUGUAGAUUUCAACUAUUUUUCAAAGGGCCUAACAUCUCUUUAUCCUACAAAGUGUACUAUUAACAUUGUUACUAUUAAUAUUUAAUAUUUCCCUUGAGAGCCUUGAAGUCUACUUCAAGAUAUGAAUCUAUUGUAGCACUUAUAAAUAAUGAGCUAUGGGUCAAUUUUGCCAUGCUCAAGUCAUUCACCCAAUUCUCACCUUAUAAUCCCAGCAUGUAUUGUCUUUGACAGUCUCUAGUAGUCAGAAAUUAAACAAUGUUACCAGCUGAACUUCAUAUAAUUGUGAAAAGAGAGAGAAUGUCAACUACAUUAAAAAAAUCAAUAACUUUAUUUGCCAGGAAAGAUUCAUAGUCAGGGAAGGUUACUCUUUACUUAUAAAAUAGGUGUAUAAAUAAAAAUAAUACUACUAUAUUAUUAUUGCUAAUAAUAGAUAUAUACAAUUUAUCAUGAAUAAUAAUAAAAAUAAAGAUACCAAGAGGAUUAUUUAAAUGUAUAUCACUGUGAAAUACAUUAUAAGAGGUAUUAGUGUAAAGUCAUUAGAACUCAUGAGUAGAUUAAAAUGCUCUUAAAACUUCUGUAGUUGACUUUAUUUUUUUAAUAUUUAUUCAUUUAUUUGAAAGAGUUACACAGAGAGAGAAGGAUAGGCAGAGAAAGAGAGAGAGAGAGGUCUUCCAUCACGUGGUUCACUCCCCAAUUGGCCGCAACUGCCAGAGCUGCACCAGUCUGAAGCCAGGAGCCAAGAGCUUCCUCCAGGUCUCCCAUGUGGGUGCAGGGGCCCAAAGACUUGGGCUAUCUUCUACUGCUUUCCCAGGCCAUAGCAGAGAGCUGGAUUGGAAGUAGAGCAGCUGGGACUCAAACCGGCGCCCAUAUGGGAUGCCUGCACAGCAGGCAGUGGCUUUACCCAUUAUGCCACAACACCAGCCUGGAGUUGACUUUCUAAAGUAAAUCUAUAACUAAACAAUUGAAGUUAUUGGGAGAUAAAAUUUUAGCUCAGUCUAAGCAAGAACUUUUUAGCAAUUAGUGUUGCUUUCAUUGGAACUUGACAACCUGUGAAAUUGUUACAUUUCCUGUUUGAAAGAAAUUUCAUAGAAAUGGAAUCACUUUAUGCACAUGACAUAUCUAGGCCCCAUAUAUUAGGAAGAGCUAGACAGUCAUCCUCAGCAUAGGACAUUCUAACAGCUUGAGUCCAAAGCCACCCGAAACUUCCACCAGCAAAAUGGAUGCCUAAAGUUUUGUAAUCCAUGGUGCCUUCCCAGCCCUGAUUCUAACUAGUCUAUACAGGUACUUCAAAAUCUUUAUGGAAAAUGGAAUUAACAGAGAACUUUAUUCAGGUGCAAAAACAUUUUUAAAUCUAUGUAUAUGAAUUGUCUUCACAAAGUUCAUGGCAAAUGUGUACUAUGGAAAAAACUAUGCAUAGAUUUUUAAAAUUUUUGCACCAAAAAUAAACUUAAAAUUCCAUUUUGCUCUGAAUUUUUUGAAGUUUAGACAAAAUGGGUGUAUACCUCUGUACACAAUCUGCUGAUCUUUUUUACCCUCAACUCAAAUCAAUAUAAAAAAAAAACAGAUUCUAUACUAAGAAGCUCAUGAGAAUUAGAAUGAACUUAAUCUGACUCCAAUUUUCUCCCUCAUGAUUUAAUUUUUGUGGAUGUUAUAAGCUGUCUCAAAGUUUUUUCCAACAGUAUCUCCAAAGGAUAUAAGACCAACUUUAGUUAGACUCUUUCAUUUUCAUGUGCCUUUUGCAAUUUUAAUGUCCUAACAUCAGAAGAGAGCCCUGUUGCCAGGACAAAUUAAAUGCACAAUUUGUUUCAACAAAAUGUAAAUCUACUUGGUCAAAUUCCCUCUGUAUUCUUGGCUGACUUCACUUUGUGUCAGUAAAAUGUAAGAAUUUUACAUUUGUCUCUUCUGUCUGCUUUUUUUGGGGGGAAAAUAUUGAAUUUUUUAAAAUAAUACAUUAGAUUCUCAGGGUAACAGAAAAUGCAUAAUUCUUAUCAAUUCCCAUGUUAAUGUAAUAGUAAUACAAAGAUAAUAGAUUCUGUGUAAUUCAUAGAUACAAUUCUAAUAUUGUCUGUUUUAUAAAGAGUCUUGUCUUCUUUCCUUUUGAUUUGCUGACAGUUUUUUAACCAAUCUAAAUAUAUUUCCAUUAAAAUAAACAGUGAUCAACUUACAUAAUUUAAAAUUCAUAAUUGAUCAAAACUUCAGUGUAUGUCUCACUUUAGAGUAAUCCAUAUAUUGCAUUUACAAUAAAGAUUGGAAACUUAUAUGAGCUUUAAACCAGCUUUUUAAAAAAUUAUUAUUUAUUUAGGAAGCAGAAAGAAGCAAAGAGAAACAGAGACAGAAAGAGAGAGAGAAAGAGAGAGAGAGCUCUCAUCAGCUGCUAGUUUACUACCCAAAUGCCAGCAGCAUGAAAGAGGGAGGGGGAAAUCUCCAUCCAGGUGUAGGUCACGACCUACAUGGGAAACUCAAUUACUUACACAUCAUGGGUGCCUCCCAAGGUCUGCAUUAGAAGGAAGCUGGAAUCAGAAGUCCGAGCCAGGAAUUGAGACCAGGUAUUCUGAGGUGGAAGCAAGCACUUUUUUUUUUUUUUCUGACAGGUAGAGUUAUAGACAGUGAGAGAGACAGAAAGGUCUUCCUUCUGUUGGUUCACUCCCCAAAUGGCUGCUAAAGCCGGCGCUAUGCCGAUCCAAAGCCAGGAGCCAGGAGCUUCCUCCUGGUCUGCCAAGCGGGUACAGGGGCCAUCCUCCACUGCCUUCCUGGGCCACAGCAGAGAGCUGGAGUGGAAGAGGAGCAGCCGGGACUAGAACUGGCGUCCAUAUGGGAUGCCGGCGCUGCAGGUGGAGGAUUAACCAAGUGAGCCACGGUGCUGGCCCCAGAAGUAACCACUUUUUAACUUGAGCUUUUUUAGUUUAAUAAUGGAAUUGUGUAUACUUUAAUAUACUUAUCAUAUUAAAAUUGAAUGUCAUCACUGUUUUCCCCUUUUUGGCAUGAAAAUAUAUAUACUGAGCCUCUGGAGGCUCUCUCAGAAACUAGUCCCUUCUUUGUUUUCCAUACCUCCUCAGAUAUUUCUGAAAGAAUCCUUGGUUUUGAUGACAGCAAGACCUUUCAAGUCCUUCCUUAUCUUUCUGGUCUCAAGAAAUACACAGCUGUACUCAAGGAUCCCUCGUCAGUCUUAGAAACAGGGAAUAGGUGAAGCUGUGAUGUUGAUGUUAGAUCACACAUUAGACUGUCCCCCAUGACUCUCCCAGAGGUAGAAACAGUGACACCAGAGACCCAACAUAGGUUGCUUGAAUCAUUAAAGCAUGUUGAACAUUGCAAAAGGAAUGUAUGUCCACAAAUGACAUAACGAUGUCCAAUAUUUUUUAAAAAUGAUAAUGUUUAAGAGGGUAAAAGUAGUUUAGAAAAUUUACAUAUUACGAUAAGAGUUCUUCUUAGCAUAUGAAACAAAUAAUAUGCAAGUAUUACAGUUUUUCAGAAUAGAAGAGCAGGAAAUCAGUUAAAAAUAGUGUUUGCAGAUAAACAAUUCUGCAUUCUUCUUUCAUGUAUUCAAGCCAGAAUAAUACAAUUUGUCCACUUUCUGUGGACAAUAGAAUUUGUUAAUGGGUAGGUUUGGGGAAAGGUCAGAGUGUUUUCUGAUACAUUUUAAUUAACUUGUUAACUAAUUAAAGACAAAAUCAGGAAAUGAGGGAGCCAAGGUCUCAAUAAUCUAAAAUUUUGUGUCUAUAUAUUCACCUACCACAACAAAGACAAAAAAAAAAAAGUUCUGUUUUACCAUCUUCUGAUGGUUAAAAUCUAAGCUUCCAUCAUGUCAGUUACCUACCUAGAUCUCCAAUGGAAAAGUGAAAUGUCAAAGAUUUACAUGUAUACUUGCAUCUGAAUAAUAUGCACAGUAAUAAACAACUUCAAAAUGAAGUUCUGGCAAGGUAUCUUGAUGAUUCAUUUCUUCCAUAAAAUAAAACUUCUUAAAAAUUGUUUCUCUUUUUCAGAUUGUGGCUUUGUGGAUGUCUGAAAAGUAUUGCCCUUUAUUUUAACUUCAUAUAGAAACUUCAGGGACAGACCAGUUGUUGUCAGUUCACCUAGCAGCCAUUCAUACAAAACAGAUGUUUGUGAUAGACCCUCCCCAGAGAGCUUGUUAAGGUGUUGCAUCAGAGUCAUUCAUAGAGCUGUUGUUUCUGCCAGUUACAUCAACUACAAAUCUGGUAAAUUCAUUCACAGAUACACUCUCUGCUGAGCAUCAGAUCAUAAUCAAUCUUCAUUUCAUUAUUACUAUUCUUCUAUUUUUAAUUAUUGAGACGUUUGUCAAUGGGCAAGAGUAUUGCCACAAUUUAAAAUCAUUUUUUAAAGAAAUAUAAUAGUUCAGAAAGAUGCUAGAUUUGACAUAUUUGAGCAGCUCAUCAAUACAUCAAUGUUGGAGGACAGAAGCCUAAAAUUAACUAUUACUAUGAAUUAACAACAAUUUAUGAAUAAAUAAACAUGAAAGAAAAUAAGCCUAAUAAACUUUUACCAUCAGAUGAGGAAGAAUGUGAAUUGAUUUUUCACUUAUUUUGCUUUUGGCUCAAUGUGCUAUGUGGAAAGAACUUGCCAGUUUCUUAUACUAACAUGCAGAGAAAAUAGAUUAUAAUAUUUUGCAUAGUCACACAACAUUUGUAUUAUUUUACUGAUCUGGUUACAGAAUAGAGGAAAUAGAAAUAAGAAUAGAAAAUGAGUUUUCCUUUAAAGUCCAAUGUAGUUUAGAACAAGAUAAGUCUCAGACAUAUAAAAUUGAAUUUAUAAAGGAAAUUAAUACCCUACUAGCUCUAUUUACUAUGUAUUAAGGGCAGUUGUGCAAAACAGAAUUCUGUCUUUCCCAUAUUUCAUGGCACAUGCUUUACCUUCCUGGUUUAUUUCUAAUUUUUUUGUAUUUUGAUGUUACCUCCAAUAAGAGUUUUCCACAUUAUAAAAUUUAGGCUGCCUCAUUAUAAGCAUUAAUGGUAAAUAUAAUGCACAGGAUUCAUUGGCGUUAUAUGCUAACAUUUAUGAUUUAAUAAGUUAUAUCACUCUCGCAUGACAUUGUAGAGUGCCAAUAGAAAACUACUUUUUGUACCAGACUAAAUACGAGAAUCCACAGGCUAAUGUCAGAUUUCAGAAUCAGAAAACAACCAGCUUGGGCUCAACCACUUUAUUAGGAAACUUGUUGAGAUGCACUAUUUUAGGAUAGUUGGAACCAUCAUCUUCCCAGCCCUGCAAGUAUGCACUUCUUGGGAAUUAUGUAAUAUAGAAAGAUAUGAAAAGUCACUGUUGGAGGGAAUUAGAAUUUGUAGAACAGCUUCUGUACUCCCCUUACAGAUGUGGAAUAGCAUUCAAUAUAUCUUCUCUCUUCCCACAAAAGUAAAGUUGUCAGAACCAUUACUUUGUUCACUAAACCAUGACUACUGCUCAUUCUUUGUGUGAAAUGUUUUAAGCUACUGCACCAUCAGAAUAGCUGGUACUCUAGACUUAAAACUUUUGAUAGGAGAUGAAAGAGGCAAGAGAGAUGAUGAGGAGCAAAUGCAAGGGGUUAAAGCUUCCAUGCCCACUGUGUAGCGUGUUGAGGGCAUGUGUUUUCCACAAUAACCACUGGUGUUAGCUGGAAAUUAAGUUAUCUAGGGCCAACAUUGUGAUGCAACAGAUUAAGCAAUGCCAACAUCCCAUAAGAGCACUAGUUGGAGCCCUGGCUGCUCUGGUUCCAAUUCAGCUCCCUGCUAAUGCAUCUGGGAAAACAGCAAAAGAUGGCCCAAGUGCUUGGGCCCCUGCCACCCACAUGGGAGAUCCAGGUGGAAUUCUGGGCUCCUGGCUUUGGCCUGGCCCAGUCCCACAAUUGCAACCAUUUGGGAGUGAACCAGUAGAUGAAGAUUCUCUCUCUCUCUCUCUCUCUCUCUCGCCCCCCCUCCCUCUCCCUCUCUCUCUCCCUCUCUCUCUCUAAUUCUGUCUUUCAGGUAAAUAAAAUAAAUCUUUAAAAGAAAAAAACAAGAACUUAAAUUAUCUUACUAAUACUCCUAAGAAUACAGAAAAUCCCCAACCCCAUGAGGUAACAGAGUACCCUUCCUAUGAUAGAGUACCUGGAUUCAGGUCCCUGUGCUACUUUUGAUCCAGCUUCCUGCUAUUGCACACACUGAAGGAAGCAUGUGGUGAUUCAAGUCCUUGGGUCAAUCUGGCCCAACACUGGCUCUUGUGUCAUUUGGGGAGUGAACUUGUGGAUGGGAGAUUCUCUCUCUCUCUCUUUCUCUUUCCCCCCAUCUCUUUACCUUUCCCUAUACCCUCUCUCUCUCUCCCUCUUUCUUUCUCCUCAAAUAAACAAAAUAAAAUUUAAUUUAAUUAACAUAAAAAAAAUACAGAGGUGGUUAAGCUGACUCUCCCAAGCCAUGCAACUACAAAGGGUUUCUCUAGGGGUGUUUAUAGAACAAACAAAUAUCUAUCCAUUAAGAAACCAACAUUUGGAUAUCAACUAUAGGGAAACAGCUACAAGUAAAAAAGGGAGGAAUAAUAUGUCUCAUGGUGGAUUUUUUAAUGAUGGAAAAGCAGUUUCAACAAAUAAACAUCAGUGUAGUAACUAUGGGCAAUUGUAUAUGAAAACUCCAUUUGGGUUUUUCUUCCUUCCUAUUCCACCUCAGAGGAUGAAGUGUUUGAAAAGGAUUCAGAUUGUGAGAGAGUUUCUGCAUCCACAUCACAAGCACAGGUUCCAAGCCACUGGACCCUGAGUACUUAAUUUAAUUUCAAAAAUUAAUUUCUCAGGGCCAUUGUGUGGCGUGGCAGGUAAACCCAUUGCUUAUGACACCAGCAUCCCCAUACAGAUGCCUGUUCAUGUCCCGACUGCCCACUUCCAAUCCAGUUCCCUGCUGAUGCACCUGGGAAAGUAGUGAAACAUGGGCCAAGUGCUUGAGCCCAUGCACCCACAUAGGAGACCUGGAAGAAGCUCCUGGCUUCUCUUUGGCCUGGCCCCACUGUGCCUGUUGUGGCCAUUUGGGGAAUGAACCAAUGGAUGAAAGAUCUGUCUUUCCCAACUGUAACUCUGCCUUUCAAAUAAACACAAAUCAAUCUUUAAACAAAACAAAACAAAGCAAAAAACUACGUGUUUAAAAAAAAGACAAAUCCUAAAAUAGGCAGGGCUACAUAUUAACAACCAGUAACUUUUUUUUAAAGAUUUAUUUAUUUAUUUGAAAGUCAGAGUUACAAAGAGAGAGGAGAAGCAGAGAGAGAGAGAGAGAGAGAGAGAGAGAAGGCUUCUAUACGAUGGUUCACUCCCCAGUUGGCCGCAGUGGCCGGAGCUGCACAGAUCUGAAGCCAGGAGCCAGGAGCCUUUUCCAGGUCUCCCACAUGGGUACAGGGGCCCAAGGACUUGGGUCAUCUUUCACUGCCUUCACAGGCCAUAGCAGAGAGCUGGAUCAGAAGUAGAGCAGCCAGGUCUCAAACUGGCACCCACAUGGGAUGCCAGCACUUCAGGCCAGAGCGUUAAUCCGCUGUGCCACAGCGCCAGCCCCACAACCAGUAACUUUUACUGUUUUUCUUAUGUGAAAUGCCUAUUAAAAUUUCUUUAUUUUAGCUAUUGGAAAGGCACAGAGACAAAACAAACACACAUGUAUACACACACACACACACACACACACAGGGAGACGAGCGAGCGAGAGAGAGUAAUAUCCUGUCUGCUGAUUUACUCACACAAAUUUCGACAACAGGCAAGAACAGGCUGAAAACAGGAGCCUGGAACUCAGUUUGGAUCUCGCUGUUGGCUUGCGGGGUCCAAGCACUUGAGCCAUCACUUGCUGCCUUAGCAGGAAUCUGAAAUGGAAAGUAGAGGUGGGAUUCAAAGCCCGGCACCAGGAACUAGGAUGCAGUGUUCCCAUCAGGUGGAAUUAAUUCCUGAACUGAAUGCCUGCCCUUCAUUUUUUUGAAGGAAAAUUCUGCUUUAUUUGUAAUUUUUAUGGAAACAGUUGCUGCUUCUCUGCAUUUUGAAUGUAUCAAUCUAUUGUUUUAUAGUUAUGGUUGCUGCUGUUGAGAAAUCAGCUGUCAAUCUAAUUGACCUUCCUUUGAAAUUAACCUGUUAUUACUCCAUGAUGAUUUAAAUAUGUUGUCUUUCUCUUUAAUGUAUUAAUUCUACUUUGUUUAGGAGUAUUUGUUUUUAUUUAGCUUCUUAGGAUUCACUGAGCAUCCUAAAUUAAGUAUUGGCACUUUCAUGUUAUCUGAAAUAGCAGUUACGUCUACACACAUUUCUUUUUGCCAUCUCUUCUAUUUUGAAAUUUUGGAACUAUCAUUGUGCAUCUGAGAAGUCUUCUCUCUGUCCUCUCAUAUUUUCAUCUCCUUGCUCUCUUUGCUACUUCCUGGAUAAUUUCUUUGCAUUAAUAUUUCCUUUAGAAGUUCUUUCUUUAAAUGUGUAAUACACUAUUUUAUUCAUCAAUCAGGGUCUUUACUUAAUUUUAUAUGUUAAUUUUUAGAACUAUUGUUUAACUUUUUUGCCAAUAGUAUUUGGUCUUUGUUUAUGUUUCUGAUCCCUCUUUUUUCUUCCGUGAAAGACUGAAAAAUACUUAUUUUUCCUGAUUUUUACAGUAUCUAAAUGCUUUAGUUCAUAAUGUUUUCUUUGGUUUCAUAGCUAUUGAUAUGGCCAGUUGUAUCUUACUGAUCCUCUGUGUAACCCAUCUUCUUUCCUUUGUUGCUGGCUAGAAAACAGACUCAAAAUCAUGGCUUAUCCAAUACAGUAUCUCUUGGCAAGCAAUUUACUACUCCUAGUUUUACUUUUUUCUUUUCAAUAUGGUCCCUGGUUUGUGAUUUUCUUAGUUAAAUAUUUUCAUUACUUUUGGACAUAUAAUAUAUAUUGUUAUUCUCUAGCUUAAUAAAUUUGGAAACAAGAAUUGGUGUGGAAGAGGAAGAAAGAAAGAAAACAUGAGCACUAUAACCCCAUUUUACAUGUGAGAAAAUGAGGACAGUGUAGUAUUAAUAGCCAGUCAGCAACAGAAUUGAAAUUGGAACAUCAGUCUUUGAGUUAUGAAAUGAUUAAAAUUUAAGAAUCCAAAGCAUGAGGCUGUGUUGCUAUGUUGUAUUUGCCAGAUUUCCAUCAACACUGGGGAUCAACCACCAGUCAGAAAUAAUCAAAUUUCUUGUGCUGUUUUGUCUACUUUAUUUUGAGUAAUAUUAAAGUUCCAGAAAUAUAUCAGCCCAUGCAAAUCCAGUGAAUGUAAGUAAAUGAAAAAGCAUCCGCUCCCACCUCUUUGCCAUAUGCUCAGAAAAAUCUUAGACAAGUUCAACUUGAUGUUUUGUGCACACCCAUCUAGAAACAUUGCAGCUUUUACUGGGUGGGGUUUUGUGAAAAUUUCCAGGUACACAAGUUUAGUGAGAGAUAUGUAGUUGAACAUAGCAUAAAAGAUCCAUGUUACUGCAAAAAAAGUGAUUCUUGUUUUUUAAUAUUAAAUAAAAUGUUUAAGUGAUACCUAAAAUAUUAUAAGUACUUGGGGCUCACCUUGUGGUGCAGGUUAAGACACCAAUUGCAGUGCUGGCAUCCCAUAUCAGAGUGCCUAUUCAUGUCCUGGCUUGUCCACUUCCAAUCCCACUUCCUGUCAUAGAGCCUGGGAAGAAGGCAGUGGAAGAUGGCCCACAUGCUGGGGCUUUUGCCACCCAUGUGGGAGACUAGGAUGGAGCUCCUGGCUCCAAGAAGAUUGGAAGCUCGGAUUAUCAUUAGCAGUUUUUAGUAACCACUUUUUUUUUAACUAAGGUAUAUAUACAUUCGGUGUUUUUUAUCAGAUAUAAUGUUCUUGUACACAUAAUAGACUGUAUAACAAUGUGAACAUUACUAGCAGUUCUUUUAUGUACAGUGGGAAGCCAAAGUGUUUAUAUGACUUUUCUUAUUGAAAUAGUCACUUUACUGUAGUGGUGUGGAACCAAACCUGAAAUGCCUGAGUUAUGCCUGUGCUGUGUAACAAACCAAACAACAAGAAAUAGCAAAUAAUCCUGCUGUAUAUAUAGGUUUCACUAGGGGGAACUAGCUUCUGCCCUAGGUGAAUUUUAACUGGAGUAGCUUGAAUCAGGAUGCAGGAUCCAAAAUAUCUUCACUCAAAAAUUCUGAACUCAGCUGGGAUGGCCACAAUAACUCAGGAUUGAUUGUGCUUCUUUCCUUCACUUUAAAAUUUCCUUUCUUCCGAGUGAACUUUUUUCUAGAAGUUACAGAAAUCAUUUUUUAAAGAUUUAUUUGAAAGGCAGAAUUACGGGGGGAGGGGUGGGGAGAGAGAGAGAUCUCUUCCAUCCUCUGGUUCAUUCCCCAAAUGGCCUCAGCACCCAAGGCUGGACAGCUAGCCCAGGCCAAAGCCACAAGCCAGGAGCUUCAGCCAGUUCGCCCACUUGGGUUCAUGAGCCCAAGGAUUUGGACCAUCUUCUGCUGCUUUCACAGCCAUUAACAGGGAGCUGAAUCAGAAGUGGAGCAUCUGAAACAUGAACCAGCUCCCAUAUGGGAUGCUGGCACUGCAAGUGGUAGCUUUACCCACUGUGCCAAGUGCCAGCCCUGGACAUUCUUUACAUGACAGCUGACUUCCAAGAGCAUGACAAAGGAAUUUAAAAAGUCUUUUAAGAUCCAGACUAAGAGUCAUUCAGCCUCACUUCAACACAGUCUAAAGUUAAAGUAAGUCACAGGAUUAGCUCAAGUUUGAGGGCACAGAAAAAGAGCCUUCACGUCUUGAUGGAAGGAAGGGCAUAUAUGUACAGGGAUUGAAGAACUUUUAAUGGCUAUCUUUGCAAAAAAUCUGCCACACAUAGAUAUUUGUAAUUCAAUCACUAUUCAAAAAAAAAAAACUAUAGUAAAUCCAAAGAUUGUCAGUUAUCAGUAAGGUCCACUUUAAUUCAAAUAUGAUUUUCAAGGAAUUCUUCCUCUGUAUCUCUCUCUCUCUCUCUCUCUCUCACACACACACACACACAAUCUCUAAGAUAAAAUAAUAUAGAAAUGCAAUAAAAAUAAAUAUAUACUUAAAUCUUAACUUUAAAAAUAAGGGAAAAAUCACAUAUAAGAUACUUUCUCUCAUGGCCAGUAUUGUAGCACAGAGAGUUAAGCCAUCGUCUGAAGAGCUAGCAUCCCAUACAGGCACUGGUUCAAGUCCUGGCUGUUCUACUUCUGAUUCAGCUCCCUGCUAAUGCACCUAAGAAAGCAGUGGAGGAUGGCCCAAGUGCUUUGGCCCCUGUACCCAUGUGGGAGACUUGGAAGAAGCUCUUGGCUCCUGCCUUUGGUCUUGCCCAGUUCUGGCUUUUGCGGCCAUUCAGGAAGUGAGCCACUGGAUGGAAGAUCUCUCUCUGUCUCUCCCCCUCUCUCUCUGUAACUGCAUUCCAAAUAAAUAAAUAUUUUUUAAAAAGAGUUUUCUCUCUAUGAAUGAAUUAUACGUGAUCUUUAUGUUAGAUUUUUCAGUAUUUUCUGAUUUUCCACAAUAAUAUUACCUCUGUAUCAGAAGAAAAUAAUUAAUUCCCAUUCCUAAAAGCUAAUUUUUUACUAGUGAUAUGGUAUUUCGUAUUAUAGAUGCAAAAAGGUGAUAUACUGGACAUUUAGGUUGUUUAUAGUUUUCCCAUUAAAUCAAGCAAACAUAAAUGGAAAUAAAUGUAAGUUUGUUUUCUUAGAAAUUGAUUUUCCAGAACAUAAUAUUUCCAAUAGACUGAUCAUGAGAGUAUAAGACUGUCUAAUCACAUCCUCAGCAACACUGGUAUUUCUGCAUUUUUUACAUUAUUACAACGUACUAUUAAUUCAAAUACUCUAUGAAUAGUGAAUUUGAAUUAUAUAUAAAAUUAUGACCAUUUGUGUAUUUUAUUGUAUGACUCGCUUACAUCAUUGCCAGUUUUUCUGUUGGUAACUAAAAUUUCUUUUCAUUGAUCUUUAAAGGUCUUCGUAUCAUAAGCAUAUUAACUUUUUAUCUACAAUUAAUUGUAUUUUUCUAGUUUCUCAUUUACCUUUAUGAUGCUUUUCUUAUCCAAGAAGUUAUAUAUUUUCUACUUUUAAAUAUUAUCACUCUGUUCAUUUGUAUUUACUCCUGUAGCAUACAUCCCUAGGUACUCUUCUAUUGUAUUAAUAUCUAAAUUGUCUUCUUGAAGAUUUGAGAGUGUUUGAAUAUUUAACUUUUCUAUUCACUUUGGUUUUAGUUCACUCACAAAGCAAUGAGAAGGUUUAAGAGAAGAGCCAGCCACACACACACACACACAGUAAAGAAAAGGUGUACUACAUAAGGACAUAUACACACAACACAAACUCAUUAGUUUUUCUAUCAAUUCUUAUACUAAUGAAUGAUGUGUUUCUAGUUUUAUAAAUAUUUUUAAAUAUAUGUGAUAUUAGUGUGAGACUGCAACCUGUUUUUCCUCUCUUAAAAAAAAAGAAUGACAUUUGAUUCCUCUGGGUUUUGUGGGUAUGUGUGUGGGGGUAGAUUAUUCCAAAUAAAUUUUCAUUUCUUUAUUUCAAAGUCCUAAAAUGAAGCUACUUUUAUUUUUACAUAGACUUAUAAUAAGUAUGUAAGUUAAUUUGGGAAUAACUGACAUCUUUAAAAUAUUCUGGUGAGGAAAAUUUUAUGUCUCUACACAUGAGAAUUUCUCUUGUUUUUUUCAGUAAAGUUUUAGAAUUUACUUAAUGUGACUUUUGAUAUUUCUUUUAAGAUUGUGUCUUGACUGCAUUUUAUUGACUGCAUUUUAUUGCUAUUUUUAAUGAAAUAAUGUUCUUUCUUUAAAUCUGAUAAGUAAUGAUUAUUAUACUGUUAAGAUUGAAAUGUGUAUCUUUCACCUACCUGUCCUUUUAUUCAGUGUAUUUUGUUCUGUAACUCUUUUAAGAGAAUUUUCUUGGAUAUUCUUGACCUAUACCAUAUUGCCAACAACAACAUUUUUAUCACAUUCACUGCAAAAUUAAAUUGAUUUUUUAAUUUAUGUUCAUCCACAUUAGGCAGAGUCCCAGAAGUCUUAUAAUAUGUUUAUUUAUUAAAUAAAUAUUUACAGAGUGCCUGGUCCUUUCAUGACUGUUACAAUGUACCAGAGUUAGAUCACUUUUCUUUCUUUAAAUUGAUUUAUUUAUUCAAAAUUUGGUAUGCCAAAAGAGAAGGCAUGACAGAGAAGGAGAGAGAGAGAAGACAGAGAAUAAGAUCUUCCAUUCACUGAUUCACUCUCCACAUGUCCUAAGAGCCAAGGCUUGGCUAGUUGAAAGCCAGGAGCUGAGAACUUCAUCUGGGUCUCCCAUGUGGGUGGCAGGGACUCAAAUACUUGGGCCAUCAUUGACUGCCUUCCUAGGCAAGGAAGCUGAGUCAAAGAGAAGCAGUUGAGACUCAAACCAGUACUCUGCUAUAGGAUGCCAACAUUGUACACUGAGGUUUAACCUGCUGAGCCUGAGCUACGAAAUUAGCCCUAGAUAUACCAGAUAUAUUAUUUGAAAGUUGAGGGGGAGAGGGGAGGGGAACCUUCCAUCUGCAAGUUCACUCCCUAAAUGGCUACAAUGACAGGCUGAAGCCAGGGGCCAGGAACUUCAUCCAGGUCUCCUAUGUGAAUGGCAGGAGCCCAAGCACUCAAACCAUCUUCUGCUGCUUUUCCAAUCACAUUAACAGGGUCCUGGAUUGGAAACCACGAAGCUAGGAAUGCAAACUGCACUCCAAUAUGGGAUGCCAGCAAUACAGACAGGGACAUAAGCCGCUACCCCACAAAGCCAACUGACAAACCGGAGGACUUCACUACAUGUUUGAUGAAUGGAGGAAUGUGUGGUGCAGCGUGUGGUCAGAGUUCAUUUAGUACAAAUGCAUAUAGUUCCACACACCAAGCUUCAUCAGCUUCCAACCAAAGAACUGUGAUGUCUGAUAACAAAAAUAUUAUGAGCAGCAUAGCUGAAAUGAAGGAACCAUUAUGCCAGGGAAUGAUCUGUGCAGUGAAAAGCAGCAGGAAGCAUGGGAUUUUGCCAAGAAAUCUUAUUCUUAGAGUAUUUAUAUGUGGGAUAUUCAUGCCUCUUAUCACUGAGGAGAUUCUAAGGAACAAGUUCAUAGCCACAUCACUUUCAUAUGAUUGGUAUUAGAUUAAUUAUUUGAAGGGAAGUUAGAGUAGUUAUGUGAAUUACACAAUUCAAAUUGGACAGUAGUAGGGUUUAUCAAUAUAGAAAAAAAGGUCAGCCGCCGCCUCGGCUCACUAGGCUAAUCCUCCGCCGUGCGGUGCCCGCACACCGGGUUCUAGUCCCGGUCGGGAUGCCGGAUUCUGUCCCGGUUGCCCCUCUUCCAGGCCAGCUCUUUGCUGUGGCCAGGGAGUGCAGUCGAGGAUGGCCCAAGUGCUUGGGCCCUGCACCCCAUGGGAGACCAGGAGAAGCACCUGGCUCCUGCCAUCGGAUCAGCACGGUGUGCUGGCUGCAGCGCACCGGCUGUGGCGGCCAUUGGAGGGUGAACCAAUGGCAAAAGGAAGACAUUUCUCUCUCUCUCUCUCUUUCUCACUGUCCACUCUGCCUGUCAAAAAAAAAAAAAAAAGUCAUAAAGUUACUUUUAGAUUUGUAUGAAGGGAAUUUUAAAAGUGUGUGUGGAAAAAUGAAGUUAAAAAUAAGUUUACUUUGGUACAAAAUUUUUGUUUAAAUCCAUGCAGAGUUUCUUCAUAAUACACAUUUUUCACAAACGUUUUGAAUACCCUCUCGUAUAUAUGAAUGGUGCACCCAUUAUUUAAGAUCUUAAUCCCAAAAUGUAGUCUAGAGAUUUAAGAAUACCUACAGCAAUUCAAUGUCUUCAGCAUAACUAGUUUUCAAUAUGUAUUCCAAGUUUUUAAUGUCUAGAGUUAUAAGUUUGUAUAUAAAGUGGGAAGAGGAAAAAGAAUGGAUUUUCUAGUCUAGAUCAGUAUUAUUUAAAGUAGCUCUCAAUAUGUGGAAUGGUAGGAGAUGGCUUAAAUGAACAAGACUCCAUAGAUUUCAUUAAAACUACUGAUCUGGAUGAAUUUUAUAAAUAGUGAUUUUUUUUCUCUGAAUAAUAAUUCUUGAAUUUGUGCUAGUUACUAUAGCUCAUUCUAUCCAAUCUGUAAGUCAGAUUAAGGUAGUGGUCUUUUUUUUGAAGAGAACUUUGGAUGGUUGGUAAUGGUAAACCAGGGGAAAAUACUAUUUUCUAAAAACAAUAAAUUUAACCAUAAAAUUGUAGAAUUUUGUGUAAAUAUACUCUGAGUAACUUAAGAGUUUGGAGUCCAAUUGUUCUUUUAAUUUAUUUUAUUUAAAAAUUUCUAAAAAUGUUCUAAAUAGAAAGAUCGGGAGAUUCCUCCUUGGCUACUACUGGAAGAUAGAUUUUUUUUUGUAAUUGCCAAAGUACUCCUUGCAUACCUAAAAAUAAUGAGAUGAAAAAAUCAAGCUAAUUGUGUGAUUUCAUCCUAUAACAUUGAACAAAUAUAUCCUAGGUAUUUGGAAGGAUAGAUUUUGACACAUCUCUGACAUGUAAAUUGUCUCUUGAGCAUAGAAAGAAAUCUUUUGGUAUUUUCAUUAAUUAUAGAUCAUUAACACAGGGUACUUCACUCUGCUGUUAUUAAUUUAACUUUCAAAAAUGAUGAUGGGGAAAUUCUACACUGAUGCUUACUGCAUAAUAAAAGGAACAGGAAAGCAACAUAUCAGUCGGUUACAGGAUUUUCAAUUAGGUAUGGUAUUAUUGUACAUAUACAGGAUCUGGGGAUAAAAAAGAAAUAAAUGAAGUAUUUUCUAAAAUAAUAUUGCCCACCAAAGGAAGACCAGACAGUCAAAAAGUGUGUAAAUAAUAACUAAAUUUCACCAAGAAAUGAAGCAUGUUGUUGCAUAGGCAUCAGGAUUAAAAAAGAAAGAAGAAGGAAAAAAAGAGAACAUAUCUAAAAUGUGCCAGCCCUCUUUCAUAGAAUCAAAAUGUCAUAUGAAAUCAGAUAUCAUUUAUGAACAGUGGCUCUGGAGCAAUAUUUGUAUUUUGAAUCAAUACUUUCAUUGUGACAAAUUAUAAAUAAAAUAUGAAUGCCUUGCUUCAUACAGUAGUAGAGAAACGCAUACACAAUGCGUGCUUAAUAUUCUUUCGCUUUAUACAUUAAAUACAGGCCUGAUUGAAAAAAACAAAAGAAGCACCACUUUAAAAGUCUAUUGUUUCAUUUAAUCUCGGGCAAUGAGAAUGAGAGGUAAACAGCUGCAAAAUGAGACAAAGUUCCAAUAAUCCAAUGAAAUUUUAAAACAAAGCCAGAGAUUUCCUCAGCUGAUGAUGUCUCAUGAGAUGACCUGCCUGUUAAAUAGUCUCCAUGGCUGCAGAACUGACUUUUAGAAAUACUGAACUUUGAGAUGAAAGGCACAUUGUGGGUUACAGGGCCAAUAAUGAAAGUAUUUUGAGCCAAUAUUAAUGGUUUCUGUUUCUAAUGCACCAUCCUGAAGGUUCUGAUUUUCAUCUUUGUCUCUAUCACUCAAUAAAUCUUGAUAUGUAGUCUUCAAUACUGACCAUUCUGACUGAAAAAUAUUUUAAACAUAAUUAGGGCAGUAUCAUAAUUUAACAGUAUUUCAGAAGAAAUAUUUUGUCAUGCUGUAUGUAAUACCUAUAUAUAAUAAUAUAUAAAGGGUGCUAGCAAUGACCAUAUACAUUAAACAUUUAUUUUAUAUAUUUUGAAUAUACAAAUGCUUAUAUAAAAUACUUUGCAUGCCAGGCUCCCUUUGACACAUGUUAUAUAUGUUAAUUCUAAUAGGGACUAUUAAAAUCCCAUUUAAUGGAUGUUUGUGUGUGCAUGUGCGUGUGUGUGUAUGUCUCCUUUUGGUAGCCAUUUAAGGGAAAUUCCUAAAGGCAUGCUAAACAGAAAUUUUUUUAAAAAAUAUUUAUUUAUUUAUUUGAAAGUCAGAGUUACACAAAGAGAGGAGAGGCAGAGAGAGAGAAGUCUUCCAUCCGAUGGCUCACUCCCCAGAUGGCCGCAACGGCCGGAGCUGCGCCAAUCUGAAGCCAGGAGCCAGGAGCUUCUUCCAGGUCUCCCACAUGGGUGCAGGGGCCCAAGGACUCAGGCCGUCUUCCACUGCCUUCCCAGGCCACAGCAGAGAGCUGGAUUGGAAGAGGAGCAGCCGGGACUAGAACUGGCGCCCAUAUGGGGUGCCGGCACUUCAGGCCACGGCGUUAACCCACUGCACCACAACGCCGGCCCCUGCUAAACAGAACUUUAUAGAGAGGGACUAGUUGUUGUUUAGGCAGCAUUUUCUAGUCUACAGCUAGAAAAUCUUUUUUCAGUUCCUAGAAAGAAUUAUACAAUUAUAGAGCCGGCACCGUGGCUCACUAGGCUAAUCCUCUGCCUUGCGGCACCAGCACACCGGGUUCUAGUCCCGGUUGGGGCGCCGGAUUCUGUCCCGGUUGCCCCUCUUCCAGGCCAGCUCUCUGCUGUGGCCAGGGAGUGCAGUGGAGGAUGGCCCAAAUGCUUGGGCUCUGCACCCCAUGGGAGACCAGGAGAAGUACCUGGCUCCUGCCAUCGGAUCAGCGCGGUGUGCUGGCUGCAACGCGCCGGCCCCGGUGGCCAUUGGAGGGUGAACCAAGGGCAAAGGAAGACCUUUCUCUGUCUCUCUCUCUCACUGUCCACUCUGCCUGUCAAAAAUAAAUAAAUAAAUAAAUAAAUAAAAGAAU